AUGACAAGGAAAAUCCUCAACUCGAUGCUCUUAGAAUCCUGUGGAAAACCUCUAACACAUGAGACCCUAGCAACGUUCUUAUGUGAAGUUUGUGCCAUCAUAAACUCUCGUCCUAUCGCACCAAUAUCUUCAGAUCCAGAUGAACCGAUGAUUCUUACUCCAUCUAUGAUUCUCACUGGAAACGUUCAUUUCCUUCCAGUUGUGUCCGAUUCACUUAGUCAACAAGAUGUUUUUCGAGCACAGUGGAAACGCGUACAAGUACUAGCAGACAUUUUUUGGAAUCAGUGGCGUAAACAGUAUCUUGCUAUUCUACAGAGCAGACGCAAGUGGAAAUGGAGAACAAGAAACAUUAAAGUAAACGAUGUGGUACUAUUAAAAGAUUCUGCUGAAAACCGAAUCAACUGGCCAAUGGGUAUUAUCGAUCGUGUAUUUCCGAGUGAUGACGGAAUGGUGAGAAAGGUUGUUGUGCGAACAAUUCAAGCUGACAAACCAACAUUCUACAUCAGACCCAUUCAUGAACUUGUGUUGUUGAUUGACAGGGAACAGUGA